AGCUGAUCCUCAACUCUCUCUCCUCCCAUGGCUUCUCCGACUUCAAUUCUCUCUUUUCUUCUUCUUCUUCUUCUUCUUCUUCUACUCGCUGAUCUCACCGCCACCGUGGGCUCCUCUACCGAAGUCAUCAAAAUGUAUCCGAGACAAGAUGUCGUCGCGGAGGAACCCAAAUGUGAGAGCUGGAAAUUCUCCAUCGACGUCAACAACGCCGGAUCCUGGAAUUCUAUUCCUCGACCUUGCAUUGACUUUGUAAAGGACUACUUCAACAGCGGCCGCUAUACUGCCGACUCUCGUUCUGCCGCAGCCUUCUCCUUGACCUUUGCUAGAUCAGUCGAGGUUACCGAGGGCGACGCUUGGAUUUUUGACGUUGACGAGACACUGCUUUCAAAUUUGCAAUUUUACAAAGAUAACGAGUUUGGGUUGAAACCCUACAAUGACACUUCGUUCAUUGAGUGGGUGAAGAAGGGGUCAGCUCCUGCAUUACCAGCUAGUUUUGCGGUAUACAAAUGGGUGAAAAAGCUUGGAUUAAAGAUUUUUAUUUUAACUGGGCGAGAUGAAUCUCUUAGAGCUGUCACAGAACAAAACCUAAUUGCUGCUGGCUAUUCUGGUUGGGAGGAACUUAUUCUCAGGGGACCUAAUGACAAAGGAAAGAAUAAUAUGGAGUACAAAUCAGAAAAGAGAGGUGAAUUAGUGAAAAAAGGAUACACAAUCCAAGGAAGCUCUGGAGACCAAUGGAGUGAUUUGAUGGGAUUUGCUCUAGCAAAACGAUCAUUCAAGCUUCCAAACCCAAUGUACUAUGUGUCUUAAAACUUCAAAUAAUCCCUUUGCUUUUGGGAAUAACCUAGCCCAUGAUCUACUUCCUUAGUUCUAUGUCAUCAAUAAUUUAAUUUGGCUUCCUUGGCAUGGACUA